AUGUCCACGCCGUCCACAGCUACUGCAACCCAUCCAUCUCACCAGCGAUACGGAUAUCCCCAUUCCUCAUACCAGGCGACAACUUAUCCUGCUCCGACCACCGCAGGAGCUCGCUUGACAAAUCCCUAUACCUACUCCGUCCCUUCGCCAACCACCGCUCCGACCACCACCCUCCCCUACAACCCUUCGGCUCGAGUCGCGCCGGCGACGUCGAACCCGUCAGGCAUGGCUUCCCAUCAAAGUGCAUCCAGCGCGGCCCCUUCGCAAAGUGGCCGGCGAAAGCCCGAUUGGGGCGAAUUCUACAAGAAUGGUAUUCCCAAGGAGGUCAUCGUGAUCGAUGACAGUCCAGGUCCAGACACCGCAAAGCCCUCGAAGCCUUUACCGGCUCAUUCGGCUCCUGGUGCAUCGACCGCCCAGCCAGCUGUAUCCCAACCUGCCGGUAAGCGGCGACGCACCGGGGCUGAAACGGCCUACGAUUUGGGCUACUACGACCGACCCUCCUUUUCCAUCAACCCCCAGCAAUAUGGAGAGAAUUCGUCAAACUCGUUAUCAACCGAUCGAACUACCUCUUUGCACACUACAGCCCCGACGUCACUCGGCUCCCAGGGCAGUUCAGGCGCCAGCAACGGUGUCUACUACGAAGACGCAUCGGCUGGGCAAAAGCGGAAACGAACGACUCGGAAGUCGACGCGCGAUGAGCAAAAGCGCCGAGAACUCGAGACUGUUGGCGACGCGUUCCUCGAAUACAUUCCACCACCGCAGCCGGUCAUCAAGGCCAAAGAUGUCCCAGUGCCUGCGAUUCGUGACUACGCCAGUUCACGAAAUGACAAGUUCGACGAUGACGACGGUCAUUAUAUUGUCACUCCUGACACACCGUUGACGGAUCGAUACUCUGUGAUCAAACUUCUAGGACAGGGCACAUUCGGAAAGGUGGUAGAAGCCUAUGACAAGCAGCGAAAGGCCCGCUGCGCCAUCAAAAUUAUCCGCUCCAUCCAAAAGUAUAGGGAUGCAUCCCGGAUUGAGUUGCGAGUACUGUCAACUCUGUCGUCGAACGAUAAAAGCAACCGCAAUAAGUGUAUCCAUCUGCGAGAUUGUUUCGAUUUCCGCAAUCAUAUCUGCAUCGUCACCGACUUGCUCGGUCAGAGUGUGUUCGAUUUCCUGAAAGGCAACGGCUUUGUUCCGUUCCCCAGCAGUCAGAUUCAGAACUUUGCCCGCCAAUUAUUCACCAGCGUGGCCUUCCUUCACGACCUCAACCUAAUCCAUACCGAUCUCAAACCCGAAAACAUUCUCCUCGUCAGCAACGCCUACCAAACUUUCACCUACAACCGCACCAUUCCCUCUUCCUCCCACGCGAACCCGCGAAAUGCUCGGCAGCGACGUGUUCUUCUUGACAGCGAGAUCCGGUUAAUCGACUUUGGCUCUGCCACUUUUGAUGAUGAGUAUCAUUCUUCAGUGGUUUCCACAAGACACUACAGGGCACCUGAAAUCAUCCUUAACCUGGGCUGGAGUUUCCCAUGUGAUAUUUGGAGUAUUGGAUGCAUCCUGGUGGAGUUCUUCACGGGAGAUGCAUUAUUCCAGACCCAUGACAAUCUUGAACAUCUGGCAAUGAUGGAGGCAGUGAUCGGGUCCAAGAUAGAUGCACGGUUGAUUCGGUCAGUCAUGGCAGGACGCGCGGGUAACCACAACUCAGCCGCCAAAUACUUCAACCGCACCAAAUUGGACUAUCCGAAUACCGAAACCACCCGGGCGUCUCGGAAGUAUGUUCGUGCAAUGAAAGCACUGACUGAAUUCAUUCCUACCAACACCCCCUUCAACCGUCAAUUCCUAGAUCUGUUGCGCUUGAUAUUUGUGUACGAUCCCAAGCAACGAAUUUCAGCCAAGGAUGCAUUGAAGCACCCAUGGUUCAAAGAGAGCAUCAUUGAUGACGGCACAGAGGCAUAUAGGAUCGGCAUGGGGUUGCAUCGCACUGCGCCUCGCUAG